AUGUCCGACUCUCUCUCUGAUGCGGACAAGAUCCGAAACAAGCGUCUUGCCAAACUCUCCAACCCCUCCCCAUCAGCGGAGAGUGGCUCCGACUCCAGCCAGAACCCAUCCACUCCCUCCCCCUCACAACCCCCAGUGCCCGCUCCACAGUCUACCAAGCCAGAAAGCACCCCAACAUCCAGAUCUUCCACACCGCAGCAACAACAAGCAGAAGGAAAACGAAUUAAGAUAACUCCGGCCUCGCCCUCAGCAUCAACCCCAAACCGGCCCCGCUCCACAGGCCCAUCCGCCUCCAAAACACCUCCGCCUCCAAAGCCCGAAGAGAGCAUAGAAGCCUUCGAGGACCGGACAUUGAGCGCGGUAUUCAAGCUAACUCUGCGCGAAGACCGCCAGCGCGAUAUCCACGGCAACGGCCUGAUCUAUCUUCCCGGUCUGCAAGCCGAAUUGCAAGAUGAGGGCCAGGAGCUGCGCAUCCAGACCGCGGUCCUGGACCAAGCGCUCCUGGAAGCAGCGUCCAAGGCGGAAAAGCAACGUCCACUGGACUACCUGCUUCCGUGCUGGAAGCGGAUUGCCAGAUUGCACAAGGGGUUCCGGCGCGCGCGAGAUGAUGAUCCCAAGUUUCGGGUUCUGGUUGAGGCACGCCGGCUCUGUAUGAGUUAUUGUAUCUUUGCCAUUACCAUGCCUGAGAUGUUUGGUGUCGAGUCGUCUGGGCUAUCUCCGUUAGCGCCCUAUCUGCUGAACGAGCCCGAGGAUGACAAGGGUGUCGACUUUGACUUCCUCACUGAGGCAGUCAAGCGGUUUGAAGAGGACGAGAGCGUUAAGCCGGCUUUCAUCUCUGCAGUCGAGGUGCUGAGCUCGGAGCUUGCGUCUAAGACUGUUAAUGAUGACUACAAGCCCUAUGCUAUGGCAUUGCGGAAUCUUGUGCAUCACGCGGCUAUUGCGGCUGCGAUCACAGAGUCAUCCAUUUUCAAUGCGUCAAGGGAUGCUGCUCGGUUUGAGAAGACAACGCUCCUCGGUCCAUGGUUUAGCCUGUCGCCUCUCCAGGGUACGGUGACCAUGUCGUACUUCUCCAGUCCAAAGACCCGCGACCAAUCAUACAUCCUAAAUGCUCAGCGGUCUCUUCGCAUGAUGCAGCAGAUCCUCAGCUCUGACCUUCUCGAUGUGAUCAACCACAUGAUUCGGGCCUCGAAGGAGGCACGCGAUCGCGUGCUAGACUGGUUCGCCACGGCUUUGAAUAUCAAUCACAAACGGCGCGCAAUGCAGGUCGAUCCUGAGCAGGUGUCUUCAGACGGCUUUAUGUUCAACAUUACGACAUGCCUGGACCAGCUCUGUGAGCCUUUCAUGGAUGCCAAUUUCACCAAGAUCGACAGAAUCGAUGCAGAAUACCUCCACCGGGAUUCGCGAGUGGAUAUGCGCGAUGAGACGAAAAUCAACGCAGACCAACACGCCUCGGAUGCAUUCUAUUCUAAAAGAGUUGAGGGAACGUCCAAUUUUAUCACGGAGAUUUUCUUCUUAACGGUUGCUGCUCAUCACUAUGGCAGUGAGUCACUAACCUCGAAGCUGGAGCAGCUCGAGAAGGACCUCCGACACAUGGAAUCUACCAUCACCAAGUUCGAACUUGAGCGGCACAAGUGGGCAGGCAAUCCAAUGCAGCUGCGGGUGUUUGAGCAAGCUCUCAAGCGAUACAAGGACAAGCUCGACCUGGGCCUGGCCUUGAAGUACAGUCUUCAGGGCGUGUUGUUUGAUGACCAGUGGCAGGCUCGGUCGAUGCUGUUUAUGAGAUAUGUCACGGUCUGGCUUCUGAGGCUGGUCUCCCGCAAGGAAGUUCCUCGCCAAGAGAUCUCUCUGCCCCUUCCGGAGAAGCAGCCAGAGGUUUUCCAAUGUCUGCCGGAGUACUUCCUGGAAGACAUUGUCAGCAAUUUCAAAUUCAUUAUGUGGUGCAUGCCGCAGAUCAUCACCGCCACCCAGGGUGAUGAGCUGGUCAUGCUGUGCAUCACAUUCCUUGAGAGCUCCGACUAUAUUAAAAACCCGUAUCUCAAGGCCGGGUUGGUGUCCAUCCUGUUUCGAGGGACUUGGCCGCGGCCCGGGGGAGGACGGGGCGCCCUUGUGGACCUUCUCAGCUCGAUGCCAUUUGCCAACAACAAUCUCCUCCAUGCGAUCAUGAAGUUCUACAUCGAGGCCGAGCACACCGGCACGCACACGCAAUUCUUUGACAAGUUCAACAUUCGAUACGAGAUCUUCCAGAUCAUCAAAUGCAUCUGGCCCAACGUCCUAUACCGAGAGAAACUGUCCAAACAGGCCCAGGAGAACCUCGACUUCUUCGUCCGAUUCGUCAACCUCCUCCUUAACGACGUGACCUACGUGCUGGAUGAGUCCUUCGGCGCCUUCAAAACAAUCCACAACACGCAAGUUGAACUCAUCCAAUCCGGUAACUCAAUGGACGAGACCACGCGCCAAGAACGCGAAGAGAACCUCUCCUCCGCCCAGCGCAGCGCCAAGUCCUAUAUGCAACUCACCAAUGAAACAGUUGCGAUGCUGAAGCUCUUCACCGAAGCACUCGCCGACUCCUUCACCAUGCCGGAGAUCGUGCAGCGCCUAGCCGACAUGCUGGACUACAACCUCGACGCGAUGGUGGGACCCAAGAGCUCCAAUCUGCGCGUCGACAAUCUCCAGGAAUACGGAUUCAGUCCGCGGUCUCUCCUCAGCGAGAUCAUCGACGUGUAUCUGAAUCUGAUGAAGAAGCAGAAUUUCAUCGUGGCUGUUGCGCGCGAUGGGCGCUCGUAUAAGCCUGCGAAUUUCGAGAAGGCCGCUGAGAUCCUGCGCAAGUGGUCGCUCAAAUCUCCGGAGGAAUUACGUCGAUGGGGCCAGUUGCAGAAGAAGGUGCAGGAGGCUAAGGAGGCUGAUGACCAGGCCGAGGAGGACCUGGGUGAAAUGCCGGAUGAGUUCUUGGAUCCUCUUAUGUUCACCCUGAUGGAAGACCCCGUCAUCCUCCCCAGCUCCCGUGUCUCCAUUGACCGCGCGACUAUCCGCUCGCACCUCCUCAGCGACCCGCACGACCCAUUCAAUCGUGUCCUCUUGAAGAUGGAGGAUGUUCUGCCUGACACCGAGCUCAAGGCCAAGAUUGCGGCUUUCAAGGCGGAAAGAAUGGCAGCUAAGCGCAAGGAUCUUAUGGACACGACGGCGGGUUGA